CAUCAGUUUACGAACAUUAUUCAACAGAAACACAACGUAAUCAGGCAAACAAAAAAUAUUUUUGUUUAACAAAAAAAUUUGUAAAAAUCAUUUUUAAGGUUGUUUUUUUCUGAGAGCUUUUACAAAAUGGCUUUUCAGGCGCGAAAAAAUAAGAAAGGCAAAGUGGUGGAUUUUCAGGAGCUAUCGAGAAGGCGUUCCACAAAUUCAAACGAAAUUAUUAGCGAUUCGGAGGAGUCAAUCGAUGGGUUCAGCGAUCGCUCAUUUGGUGUACCCACUGUACGUUUUUUGGGCAGCCAGAAGCCGAUCGAAGAGGAAACAGAACCAACGGAAGAUGAGGACUUGGACACGGACUCAUCAUCAUCCCAACACACCAUUGUGGCCGACCAAGAUGAUGUUGAUGGGUUGCUGGACAGCGAUCCCGAAGACAUUAUGAACUUUUGCCAAGAGCUGGAGGCAGAGGAAGCCAGAGAUGCGUUGACAGGUCUAAGCAUCGAUGGCGAUGACUUGGAAGCCAUAAUGAACUGCUACAAGAAUACACCAAGACCGGAUGGCGAGGGCGAACUGGAGGAGCAGGAGGAUUCGCACAGUGAGACUUCCUACGAGAGCGACAUGGGCGACAUCCUGAAGCCCACUGUUAUUCCGGGCAAGACCAAACCCGUUGACGAUGAAGACAGCCUUGAUUCCUACAACGACUGCAGCGUGGGUUCGGCCAGCGGCAGGAGCUACAUCACUAGCAAUGCCACGCAGGAGGACAUUAAGUUACUUGAGGCAAGCUCAGAUCGCGAGCUGAUGAGCAGUCGCACCUACAACAUGGACAGCCUCUCGCAGUCCACGUGCAGCUGGAGCCACGCCUAUGGCGCUGCCUUUCAGACAUCGGAGGGGCGCCGAAACGUAUUGCCCUCGCUAAGUUUGGCCAGUCACAGCUCGGAGUGUUCGACCUCCACCUACUACAAGAGCCUCGAGGAGAAGAAGGAGCGUGAUGGCCUCAAGUUUGAGGCCUGGAAGCAGCGCAAAGCCGCCCAAGAGCAGAAGAAGCUGUUGGCCGCCAAGCAGCUGCGCGAGAAGCAGGCACGAGAUCUCGCCGAGCGUUCGGAGACUGCCAAGAAGAAGUUUAGUGAGUGGUGUCGCCUCAAAGAGGAGCAGAAGCAGCGGGAGACGAAGAAAAAACCGCCAGUCCACCAGACGAGCUCCUCUCGCAGCAAGGAGACCCCAGAGGAGGCGAGAGAGCGCGUUCGGAAAUGGGAGCGUCGCAAGAUCGAGGAGCAGAAGCAAGAGCGCGAACUCCUACGCCGCCAUCGCGAGGAGCAAGAAAAGGAAGAGAAGAAGCGUCUGCAGUUAUCCGAGGCCGCCUACUCGAAGUGGAUGGAGAACAUUGAGUCGCGUCCCAUGCCGGUGCCCCUCAACCAGGGCCUGGACACUCUGCGUGGCACCGUCUCAAACAUUUACGUAAAUCCGAACAAGUGGGAUUCGAGCACGGAUCCAUUGUCGGAUUCGGACGAUCGUGGCAUUUAAAAAAAGCGCCCAAUGAUUUGUAAUUUUUGAGUUUCAGAAUGUUCAUUAUAUAUUUUAAAAAU